GCGGCUGUUACCCGGCAUGCUGGUUGACUCCCUUCGGUGUGUGGCUGCGGCGCGUGAAGAUGUCGGUUUUAGAGGGGCCUCUCAAUGUGCUCGGCCAGAGAACAACUGGCGAGUCAGUCCGCACUCAAAAUGUCAUGGCAGCAGCCUCUAUCGCCAACAUCGUCAAGAGUUCCCUUGGUCCAGUCGGUCUUGAUAAAAUGUUAGUGGAUGACAUUGGCGAUGUGACCAUCACCAAUGACGGAGCAACAAUUCUGCAGCUUCUUGAGGUCGAGCACCCAGCUGCCAAGGUCCUGUGUGAACUAGCUGACUUGCAGGACAAAGAAGUAGGGGAUGGGACGACUUCAGUGGUGAUUAUUGCUGCAGAGUUGCUGAAGAGUGCGGAUGAACUUGUUAAACAAAAAAUUCACCCCACAUCUAUAAUUAGUGGAUAUCGCCUGGCUUGCAAAGAAGCUGUUCGAUACAUCAGUGAAAAUCUGACUAUUAGUACUGAUGAUCUUGGGAGAGAGUGUCUUGUCAAUGCAGCUAAAACCUCAAUGUCCUCCAAGAUCAUUGGAGUUGAUGCAGACUUCUUUGCCAACAUUGUGGUGGAUGCUGCCCUUGCAGUUAAAUUUGUUGAUGGGAAAGGUCAGGCUCGCUACCCAAUCAACUCUGUCAAUGUGCUAAAGGCACAUGGACGCAGCCAGAAGGAGAGUUUCCUUGUAAACGGAUAUGCACUGAACUGCACUGUGGGAUCACAAGGAAUGGUAAAGCGGAUGGUAAAUGCUAAGAUUGCUUGCCUGGAUUUUAGCCUGCAGAAGACUAAAAUGAAGCUAGGUGUCCAAGUAGUUAUCAACGACCCUGAGAAACUUGACCAGAUUAGACAGAGGGAGUCUGAUAUCACCAAAGAGAGGAUCCAGAAGAUCCUGGCAGCAGGGGCCAAUGUCAUCCUGACCACUGGGGGCAUCGAUGACAUGUGCCUGAAGUACUUUGUUGAUGUGGGGGCCAUGGCCGUGCGCAGGGUUCUGAAGAGGGACCUCAAGCGCAUUGCCAAAGCAACAGGAGCUACUAUGUGCUCCACUCUGUGCAACCUUGAGGGAGAGGAGACAUUUGAAAGCAAUUUGCUAGGACAAGCUGAGGAGGUUGUUCAGGAACGAGUGUGUGAUGAUGAGCUGAUUCUUAUUAAGAACACCAAGGCUCGCACCUCUGCUUCCAUCAUCCUGCGCGGGGCCAACGACUUCAUGUGUGACGAGAUGGAGCGCUCCCUGCAUGAUGCGCUGUGUGUGGUGAAGAGAGUCCUGGAGUCGAAGUCUGUGGUCCCUGGAGGCGGUGCUGUAGAGGCUGCACUCUCCAUUUAUCUGGAGAACUACGCUACCAGCAUGGGCUCCCGUGAGCAGCUGGCUAUAGCUGAGUUUGCCAGGUCUCUGCUGGUUAUUCCCAAGACCCUGGCAGUUAACGCGGCUCAGGACUCCACCGACCUUGUUGCUAAGCUGCGUGCGUUCCACAACGAGGCCCAGAUCAACCCAGAACGCAAAAAUCUGAAAUGGAUUGGUCUGGAUCUGGUGAAUGGCAAACCCAGAGACAAUAAGCAAGCUGGCGUCUACGAACCUACCAUGGUAAAAACCAAGAGUCUGAAGUUUGCGACGGAGGCUGCAAUUACUAUCCUUAGAAUUGAUGACCUCAUCAAACUCUUCCCAGAGGAGAAAGAAGGGGGACAGGCUUACAGGGAUGCGGUCCAGUCCGGAGCUCUGGAAGGCUGAGGAUCUUGAGCACUAGUCCAGUUCUUACCAUUAUUUAUACAAGUGUUAACUGUAAUGUGGUUACUUUUCAUACACGAUUGUACAAUUCUUAGCAUGCCCAGGUAGCUUGUAGCCCUGGUAAAUGUAACAUAUUGGAAUUUAAAUAAAAAAUCUAAAAUACA